AUGCACCGACUACGCGAAGUACUAUACGGCAAGGCAAAAUCUGUGAUUAGCACCCGUGCCUGGCUCCAGGCUGAUAUCGACAAGGCGGCGGAGUGGAAGAGCAAGACUGUCGCGGGUUGGUGGGCGGAUAUGCAGAAGGUUGCGGUAAGAUCUCCAUCGUCACUGGAGGUCACCGUCGGUGAGAUGACCGACGAGGUCCCAGUUGCGGACCUCGUCAACCAGGCGUUUGAGGACAUGGAGAAGAAGAAGGCUGAGGAGAAGAAUGUAUUUGGCUCUUUCGAUAAUGCUGAUAGUGGUCCUGAGUUGUUGGUAAACAAAUUAGUCUGUUUUCUGCACGACCACCAUGCAUUGCAGUAG